AUGAGAAAAGCGGUCAAACUGACGACAGUCUUGGCUCUUUUGGUCGUGUUGACCGUUGCAUGGUCCUGGACUGCCAUUUCCCUGACUCGCAAGACGGACAGCAAUGUACCAUUACAGGAAUUGCCCCUUGCCAAUGGAUCAAACAUACAAUCAAGAGCAGCCCUGUAUGCGAAUAGAACCAUGAUAUUUGUUCACAUUGGAAAGACGGGAGGAGAAACCAUCAAGUGGAGACUGCAAGUCAUUUGUGACCUUCGGGGGAGCAAACGAAAGAAAGCCCGGUGCAAGGAUCAGUUUUCCUUGGGCGAGUCACUCUUGUCUCGUCGAGUCAUUGGUUAUACACAUUGUGGAAGUCGGAGGCCUCGGAAAAGCAUGGAAUUGGCCACUUCCUUUUUGUUUAGCAUUCGGGAUCCAAUCGAUCGCUUGGUCAGUUGGUUCCAGUACAUGCAUCCUUUGAAUUGCUGGCCCGAACGACCAAGCGGAGCCUGCAACCUAAAACGGGACACGACCACUACUUGGGGUGUGGAUUUUUUUCAAACCUGCUUUCCGACCAUGGAUCGACUACUAGAUGUCUUGCAGCAGCAACAUUCCUCGUCGUCAUCAAUGCUAUUGUCGUCGUUGACUGGCAGUACCGAUAAGGAGGCCGCUGACUGUGCGACAAUGGUCAUUCGUGCACUGGAGGGCAAUGGACCCCGAGUUCAGUCCAAUCACUUGUAUUUCAACUAUUUUUACAACUAUAAUCGAACCAUCUUGGAAUAUCCGGAAAGAGAUGUCUGGGUGGUUCGACAAGAAUCUCUCUGGCCGGACCUCAAACAAAUUGAAACCUUGUUGGGAGGAGACGGGAGCCGCAAGUUUGAACACGAGGGUCCCAUCAUUACACAUGCCAGUGAAAAGUUUCUCUACAAGGUCCAAGCUGCCAAAUUGAAUGCAGCUCAUUUACCAGCUGUCUGCUGUGUUAUGCGAGAUGAAAUCUUGGUGUAUGCCUACUUGUUGCACCAUGCGGUCAAUUUGGAACCAACUCAAAAACAAACCUCCAUGAAAAAUCUCCUGGUCAAGUGUGGUACAGAUUCCCUGCACACACUGUCCAACACUUGUGGAUGGAGGAAGCCUAAAGGUAACAAUGAUGGAAAUGUUGUUCGACGACUUGAGGAGCUUUGGCCGAUGUUGGAUGUCAAGUUUUGA